AUGCCAAAAUCCAACCAGUCCUCUUCCAAAGCCCCGACGCAAGGCAGCGCUUCUUCGGCCGGCACAGGCGGGCAAACGAAGUACUCAUUCAUCAAAAACAAUUGGGGCUCGCGUCCUAACUUCCAGGCCAGCUUCGGGCUGAAGAUGACCCCGGAAGACAUCGAGGAAGGCAAUGCCAUCCUUGAUGCUUUCAUGGAGCAAGACCGGCGCGACGCUGCUGCCCAAAGGAAAUAA